AAUGGAAGACAUGAGCUGUGACGAUGGAAGGAUGGCAUUUGAUAAUGGAAUUAUAUCGGAUUUGGUGAGCUUUGCUGAGAGGUAUGAGGAGAUCAGAUCCAAGAGGUCGUUGUCCUCGCCUCAGUUGUUUCAGAAGCCAAUGGUCAGGUCCAAAGUGUACAGAAAGGCGUCGCUGAAGAGCUCCAAUUGUGAGGUGAGGAGGAAUUCAAUGGGCAGGUGCGGUGGGAAGGGAAGGAUCAGGAAGAGGGACGAUGAGGUUAGAGAGGAGGGAGUGCACAUUAUUUGUAAUCCUCUGGCUACGCAGUAUCCUUACUCCACGCCUUUUGCCAAGAGCAAGACAACGGAGGAGAGGGAGGACGAGCCCAAGUGCAGUCACAGCUCUUGUGGGGGCUUCCUUCCUAUCUUUUCGCUCAUACCUCAGGGGGUGGUUAGCCUGCAGUACUUGAGCCCCAAGAUGAAGUUCUCGUGGUGGAGGAAUAAGAUAUCGUGAAGGCACGCUUAAUGAAGUGGAGGGCCUGGCUUGGAGAGAUGGUGCUAGGGGGGCUGUUAUGGGGUUGGCUUGUUUUUUAGUUUUUUGAGGGAAAGGUGAGGUGAUGGUGAAGUGGUAAAUGAGGAUUCCAGAGACGGAUAGAGCGGGGAACGGAAUGAGUCGUUGCGGGAAUUUUAUCUUGAUGAGAGGGGUUCAGGGAAUAUUUUUUGGUGGAAAUUUUGACAGCUUUAAAUCAGCUCAUUUGUAGAGUCAAUGAUUGUGAUGGUCGUUGGACCCUUGUGAUCUCUUAGUCACAAGGUAACUAGUAAGAAAGGUUGGAAAAUAUUGAGAAUAAUUUUUUCAAAUGCUUUCACCAAAAAAAAUCUCACAUUUACCUCGAAGAUCACAUCUCCCCGAUAAACAAACAAUUAAGAGAAUAAAGAUAAUCCGAUUUCUACCACUUCACUGUAAUAUUCAUCUGCAAGGUCUCAGUUUUUGAUAAAUAUCUUCGAGGCCAAGAGAGAUGAUAAAAUUAUUAGUAAGGAUAUUAUUUUGAUAUCCCCUUCAGCUAUUUUCUAGUUAUUCUUGGAAAACUGUUACCAAUUCUGUUUUUAAUGAAUUAAUUUUACGUGUUUUAUUGUCUUAAUGUCAAUUAUAAAAUCAUAGAGUGUAAUCCUGUUAUGUCCCUAUGUGAUUGUCAUCAUACGUGAUACAAUUUUUGUAGUGAAAUUGUAGAUUUUAUCAAGAGAAAAGAUAUUGUCUUUCAGCAUCAGGCAUUUCGAUGUACCUUUUUCAUUCGCUUCACAUUACUCCCAACAGCAAAAUAUUCCAAUUGUCUAAAUAACAUAAUAACCAAAUUAUUGAUUGACAACGUUAAUCAGGAACUCAAAGAUCAAAAAUGGGAGAGAAUUUAAUGAAAUGAAAAUUAUUAUUGCAACUGUAAACUGGGCUGAGCACCAAUUCAAAAAUUCUCUCCCUCAUUUAUUCCAUUUUUAUUAAUCAAACACCUCAGGCUCAUUAAUUAUCAAGUUGGGGAAUAAUUGAAGGCGGAUAAUCUUAGUCGAAGCAGGAAUAACUGCUAUUGAUUAGUCAUUCCUGUGUAAUUUUAAGAAAAAAUAAAUAAAAAACAAAAAAAAAACAAAUUUUAUUCUCUGUGAGCGUUAUGUAAUGCUAAGAAGAAAAACUAUUAUAUAUAAAGAAUAUAUUGAUCUAAAAAUAUUUCCUUGUCUCUCUGCGAUAAGUCUCUAGAGAUUAUUGAUAAACAAAAAAGUGGUGAAACGCGUGAAACCCAAACGAGUCGAUUUGGACAUUUCGCUGCCUACGCGGUUAUCCGGUCAAUGAGUUGUUUCAGGAGAAAAUUUCCUAGUAAUAAUUUGCAGGAAAUUAAAUUCUCUGCGAAAAAUGCUGGGAGGAUUUGCCCUGAAACUUCUCGCUAUCGGUAUAAUUUAAAUUUGGAGAAGAGAAAAAACGGAUUUGUCCUUUUCGGUUCACCACUUGAUUGCUGAAACAAUAAAUAACAAAAUUUAACAUCAAAAUUAUUUAAUACGAAAAUUUUUACCUUACGAAUGGACAUUAUACCGCACACGAUUAAAAGAAAAAAAAUCAGGGAAUUUCAUGAAGAGAGAAUUUUUUCAGAAUUUUUUUUUAAAUCGCAGGAGAUUAAAUAGAAUUCUUUCAUUAAAUUCUUCAGUGUCAUUAGAUUAAUCGAAAAAUGAGAGACCUGUACCUUAUAUUUCUGUACGAGAGAUAAGUAAUAGUUCUAUUAGAGAAAAAAUGAAAUAAACAACAAAAAAAAAGAGAAAAUCGAUGUAAAUUCGUAGAGAGAAAUUCCUCUAGAGAUGAAAACCCCUUUGGAAUCAAAGAAAUGACUAUUUUAAUUAAGCAUACAAAUUACAUCAAUCAAAUGGUCUAUUUAUUGAAUGAUUUAUAUAUCUGAAGGGAAAUAAAUUUCGUUUAAUCUGCAAAUAAA